AUGGCCCCUCUUGAUGAUGUCCAGGUCGGUGACCUGGUAAACGUGCCCGGUGGCAUGUACGGAACAGUCAAAUUCUUGGGUUCGGUGGCGGGAAAACCAGGCCGCUUCGCGGGCAUCGAACUGAGCUCUGAGCAUGCCGCUCGAGGAAAGAACAACGGCGAUGUGGAUGGAAGAAAAUACUUUACAACUUCUAUACCAGGCUCGGGUAUCUUCGUGCCCAUGAACAACAGCAAGUAUGUCACACGACGAUCUACAUCCUUGUCGGCCAGCAGCUAUGGCGGGCCUCCCACCACUCCUUCGCGGGGUCCGGCCAAUUUCAGCAAGUCAGUUGGUCCUGCGUUGACUACGCCUCGUCCCCGAAUGCGCCGUCCGUCUCUUCCGCGUCCCGAAUCACCGCGUAUCGCUCCUCCAAAACUCAGCCUCGGCGGUCUACGUACACCAUCCGCCGCCUCCAAGUCAUCCAUGUCCAAUGGGUACCCAAGAAGCCCUGUCAAGGCACCCUCUAGGUUGUCGGACCGGCCUUCGUCGCGGAUCAGCAUGGAUGACGAUGCCUCGUCAUAUGGCAGACCCUCCGAUAGUCAUCGGGCUUCGUCAUCGGAGAUUCAAGAUCUGAAGGACCAGAUCAAAAGCUUAGAAAGGCAACUGCUAGACCGGGAUAAGCAGCUGAACGAGCAAUCUAAUAUGUUGGGGGAGGUCCAGAAAACCUUGGAGGAAAUGGAGGGAAUCGAUGCCCUUUCCGUCCGAACUCAACUUCAUUUCCGAAGCACCCUCGACACUCUGGAGAUAGCUGCAUCCGAGACUGAGCGUGUUUAUGAGCAGCGUCUUGACGAGCUCAUGCAACAAAAUAAAGAGCUGCAAGACCGUGGCGAGGAUGUAGAGAUCGUUGCGCAACAGCUUAAGCAGUUGGAGGAGCUGGUCUCUGAGCUUGAAGAAGGACUCGAAGAUGCUAGGCGAGGAGAAGCCGAAGCCAGAGCGGAAGUUGAGUUCCUUCGGGGUGAAGUGGAGAGAACCAAGAUCGAACUGAAGAGAGAGCGAGACAAUGUGGCCGCAGCGCUGAAGGAUGCUCAUUCUUCAUCCGAUGGCUACAGCAACUCACAACAACUGGAGCAGAAGGAUGAUGAGAUUCGGGGCCUGAAAGCCAUCAUUCAUUCUCUGAGCCACGGAAACCCCAACGCCAUAAACGCAAAUGAGAUCAACUUGGAUCACCAAAGUGAGCACCACGAGCAGGUUGCUCGCCUCGAACAACGCCUGCAGGAGGCCGAGGGAUCCGCCGAGCAUAAGAACAGCCGAAUUGAAGAACUCGAGCGGCAGUUGGAAGAGCUUCGAUUGAGCACUAGUAAUGUAAGUCGCAACCGCAGCUCAACGGUGACUCCCUCGCCGCCGCCGCAGCAAAGACCUUCGAACUCGGGUAGCAUCACUGCAAACGAUACUAACCACGCACAUCGUCUCUCUGAUCGUACCGUGGUUCCCAAUGACUGGCACGAUGCCCAUCAGAGCCUCCGCCGGCUGGAAUCUAUGCCCGAGUCGGAACGUUCUUCUGAUGACGAUGCUUUGUGGUGUGAGAUAUGUGAGACUGGCGGACACGACAUCCUUAAUUGUACCAGCAUGUUUGGCUCAGGAGUUGGGAAGAAGGUGGCUCAGAAUGGGAAAGCUCCGGAGCCUCCUGCCGAGCAGCCCGUAGAGGCGCCGGAAGCUGGUCACGAGAUCCCCCAGGAGAAUGACAACCACGAAGAUGAUGAAGACGAUGUGCCAGCCCAGAAGACUGGCCGGGAUGUCGUCCUCGAAGGACUCAGAGGCAUUAGUGGUCUGGGGGCUUCCAUGUCCCCCAUCGCCGGCAAGUCAUCUGGAGUCAUUGACGAGUCGAAGUGGUGUGCUCUGUGUGAGCGAGAUGGCCACGAGAGCAUCGACUGUCCUUUUGAUGAAUAA